CGCGCGCGGGCGGGGAGCGCGGCCCGGCCGCCGCUGCAGCUGCAGCCGCCGCUGCUGCAGCCACCGCCGCCGCCGCCGCGGGAAAGCAAGCAGAGAGCGCGAGCAAGAGUCAAAGGGGGCCGGCGGGAAAGCAAAGCGGGAAAGAAGCGCGGGGAAGCGAAGCGAAGCAAGGAAGGGGGAGGGGGGAGCUGGAGCCGCUGCAGCCGCUGGAGGAGCCGCUGGGGCCGGGGCCCGGGCCGCGCGCCGCCCCGCGCGCAGCAUGGUCCUGGUGCACGUCGGCUACCUGGUGCUGCCCGUCUUCGGCUCCGUGCGCAACAGAGGUGCUCCUUUUCAAAGGUCUCAGCAUCCCCAUGCUACCUCCUGCCGGCACUUCCACCUGGGUCCCCAGCCUCAGCUCUCGGCCGACUUCGCCCUGCCUCACGCAGUGCAGCCCCAGCCGGGGCUGACCCCCCACAUGGCCCCCGCGCACCAGCACAGCGGCCCCCUGCACCAGUCCCUGGCGCCAGUGCCAGCCCUGCCCUUCCAAGACGUGGCCGGACCCUCCUUCCUACCUCAGGCGCUACACCAGCAAUACCUCCUCCAGCAGCAGCUCCUCGAGGCUCAGCACCGCCGGCUCAUGCCCCAUCCCAGGCGGGCUCAGGAGCGCAUGUCCGUUCAGCCCCACCGCCUGCACCCCAGCUUUGACUUCAGCCACCAACUGCAAACUCCACAGCCCAUGGGGCCCCAGCCCAGGUACUUAGCCGAAGGCACGGACUGGGACCUCAGCGUGGAUGCGGGCCUGACUCACGCCCAGUUCCAGGUCCGGCCGGUCCCUCAGCCCUAUCAGCAUUACUUGGCCACACCUCGGAUGCACCACUUCCCCAGAAGCACAUCCUCGACACAGAUGGUUGUUCAUGAGAUCAGAAAUUACCCUUACCCUCAGCUCCAGCUACUUGCUCUUCAGGGACUGAACCCAAGCAGGCACACGUCGGCUGUGCGGGAGAGCUAUGAAGAGCUGCUGCAGCUGGAGGACAGGCUGGGCAGCGUGAGCCGGGGCGCCGUGCAGAACACCAUCGAGAGGUUCACCUUCCCACACAAGUACAAGAAGAGAAGACCGCAGGAGGGCAAAGCUGAGCAGGAGGAUGGAGAGGAGUCGGACACUGAUGAGAAAUGCACAAUCUGUCUGUCCAUGCUUGAAGAUGGAGAAGACGUCAGGAGGCUACCUUGCAUGCAUCUCUUCCACCAAGUGUGCGUGGACCAGUGGCUGGCCACCAGCAAGAAGUGCCCCAUCUGCAGGGUGGACAUUGAAACACAGCUCGGCUCGGACAGCUGAAAGGACUGGCUGGACACACCAUUUUCCUUAUCAGGUCGUAUGGCCAUAAACCCUUGCAGCAAAAUUUUUGCCUUCUGAGCCAUUUGAUUGAGAGGAGAAGUCUGCAGGCACGUUAGCGAGGAGGAGGAGGAGGUGGCAGUACAAUAUCUAGCGGUAGGAGAUAUUGCACAUACGCAGGAUACGGGCCCGGUGAAAGGGAGCUGGCAUUCCCGGAGCUCAGAGACCCCGUGCUGCAGAAGAUUUAGUGUUGAACGUGAAGGAACUAGUUGUGGUAGUCUGGCCUGUCAAUCCUGCAUUUCAUGAGGAUUGUAUAUAUACCUCUCGAAUACGUAGAAACAUGUUAUAGGGGUCCUUUAGCUAUUUCUAUGGAUGGCAGCUGGAGCAUGUUAGCUUAAGAAAUGUUGUGUUUGAUGCCCUACUCAUCUUGUGGUGGACAUGUUGCUGUUACCUAAUUUGCACCAAAUAUUUUUUCAUAGAUUCCUUAUUUUGGUGCCUGAUUAAUACAUUGCAGAGGGGGAACGAGGAGGUCAAGCUUUCCCACCCUUGGGGGGAAGAGGCGAAAAAGCAAAAUCCUGUUUACAGUCAGAAGGGUUGUGCUCUUUGCCUCGGCCGCGUGUGCUUCCUUUCCGUGCAUUUACAGUGCUGCAAAUUCAGAGACGCUUACAAAAUAAAAUGAAAUUGGGAACAAAAUGAGUGAAGCAAUAGGGAAAGGCUUCCCUAUAAGCUUCCUGCUUAUCUGCUGGUGCUGGAUGCUUGCUGGAGGGGCACGAUAUCAAUGGGGAUGCUGUUUCUUUGCUUUCUGUAUCUUAACAAAGUGGCUUGGCGUGCCAAAAUCCAAGGCAGGCCAUGUGCUCUCUCCGUGCUUGCUAUAUUCCAUACUGCUUUCUCCUGUGAGCCAGGGGCUGGUUGGCUUCAGCACGCUGUGGCAUGGCCCCCUGGGGUUAGACACCUCCCAGGCUCCUUGCUGGUCUAAAAUGCUGGUUAUGGAGCCAGCUCCUGUACCUGUGCUUUGGGGUGUAAUUGCUCAGAGGAAGCUCCAAGGGGCUGAAGCCCAACGCCACAUGAUUUGGGGAUAUUGCUAACGCUGUGGCUGGGCUGGGGUAGAGCCGCAGACAAGAUGCCCUGCUCCUGUUCCCCCUCCCAGCCCGCAGCAGGGUGGGAGAAGGGGAGCAGGGCCUUUUUGUCACACGCGGUCACCCUGCUUCACUGCUUCCCCAGUGAUUUAUCACAGCACAGGGAGGUUAAGCAGAUGUACGGCACAGGUGGGAACCUUUCUUUUUCAUUUUUUUCCCUUAAUCCGCUUGGGUUCAUAGGCUGUGGGGUCAAGUCUCUCAGAGCAGGGAUUGCAGAGACCCUUCUCUGUUAAAGGAAUGGGAGGAUUUGUUGCUCAUGAGACAUCAGUGUGGGUGUUCUGGUGCAGGAAGGGAAUGCCAGCUCUCGAGGGUUUGCUGCCUUCUGGAGGGGCUGGGUUUAGCCCUGUAUCAGAGCAUUGUUAUACACAGACGCAUUUCACUCCAUAUCCAUAUGGAGAAAAAGGUGAUUAUUAAAAUGAAACCUAAUUUACCACUUUCCAUUAUAAAAACGCACACAACUACAUCAGGAGGCAGUCCUUAGAACAGAAGUAUCACAGAACCAUUAGGGUUGGAAGAGACCUCCAAGAUCAUCUGGUCCAACCAUCACCCUACCACCACUGUCACCCACUAAACCAUGUCCCUAAGCACCACGUCCAACCUUUCCUUGAACAUCCCAUGAAGGAGCAGGCCUUUUUGACCCAAGCUCCCCCUGAAGUAAAGACCUCAGCUGCAGUGACCCAGCUGAAAACCCUUUGGUGAAUAGGCAUUUACAACCAAAAAGCCUUUUUUUUUUUUUUUUUUUUUUUUUUGGAAACUAGGAAAAGAGAGAUGCAGAGGAGCCAGGGGAACAAAUCCUGAAUUUUAUAUAUUUAUUAUGCAGAUGUGGCGGAGCUGAAUUGUGGCUCCCCAAGCACCCGUUCUGCUGGAGACAAGAGAUGCUCUCCACGUAUAAAUGAUCAUAAAUUACCAUCUGGGAGAUUGCAGGAUUCCCAUGAGCUGUACCAGGAAAACACCGACCUCAGAGGACCCACAGAGAUUAGUAUUUUUAUUUUUACCAACCUGCUGAUGAGAGUGAGGGAGGGGGCAAGGGGCAGCAGGAGACUUUCUCCCCUCUCACUGUGCCUGUGUCGGUAAAAAGGAGUGAAGGGGGGGUCACAGUGAUAUAUAUUUAUUGUGGUGACAUUUAUUUGCCACCUGUGAGAGGUGGUUUCACAGGAGAUACAGCAGUCCCAGCCCUGAUGUCCGGAGUGAUGUGGACUCCUGCAGCAAGGGGUGACCCACUGGGACAUAGGGGGCUUGCUCCAGCAGCAGCAGAUUCAAGCAGCAUUAAAAAUAAUCCUAAUACUACCAAUAACACGGACAAGAAAAGCGAGAUGUUGUUCGUAAAGCACACUGUAAGCCGGGCUGGUGCACCCAGGUGUGAGCUGGGGGCGAAGCAGGGGAGGAGCGGGGCAGAGGGACCCUGGCUGUGCGGGGAGGGAAGGAGGAGCGCUUCCGAACCGCGCCUUUUCUUAAAGCCUAUGCGAGAGUAUUACUAUCUGCCUAACGAACAAGCACAGUUUUUAGAUAUAUAUUUAAAAAAAAAAAAAGUAACAAAAAGACAAAAAAAUCUGGUGAAGAAAAGCACCAAACUCCCGUGGUCUCAUGUGAGUGACUGAUCCCGAGGUGCGUGAGAACCGUGUGUCAGGUUCCUCUUUGCGUUGAAAUCAUUUCUACGAGUGGGUCGCGAUGAUAGGUGGAGUUUAAAAACAACAACAACAACAAAAAAACAACAAACCAACAACAAACAAAACAAAUGAAACACACAGAAAAUCUCUAGGAACAAAACAUUGAUAGUUUACAGGGUUUUGUGAGUUUAAAUGCCUUAUAUUUAACAAUCAUAAUUUAUGACUAACUUGUAGAUAUUGUGGGUUCUUAUUUAAUUAUUUUUAUAGUUGUUUUUUGCAUUUUUAAUUAUAAUUUAUUUAUUUAGAAAUUAAUACUAAUUUUUUUUAUUACUCCUAUUACCUCAUUUUUGCAUUGUUUCUGGGAAUGGAAUGCUUUGCAUGCGUCGGUACUUAAAAAGAAAUUAAACAUGGGAUGUGGGGGUAAUGCUUAUCUUGUCAAAAAAAAAAAAAGAAAAAAAAGAAAAAAAUCAGGGUGUGUGAUUACAAACUGUAUUACUGUGGUGCUGUUACCUUGGAUACAUUCCAUAAAAAUGCAAACCUUUGAUUCUGUAUGCUGUGACAUAGUGGAAAACUGCAAUAUAGUGACUGUGUUUAGCACAUAUAUAUGAAUAUUAUUUGCACUCAUAAUCAAACUCUGGUGAUCCUUUCACUCGUGUCCUUGAGCAUUGAAGGCAGUUCGUAGUGCCCUGAAAAACCAAAAUUUCAGUCAAUUCCUGCCGCCACCCUGUCCCAGUGCCCGUGGUGAUGCUCCUGCCCUUGCUGCAUGCGUUACCUGCAACAACGCCUGGUGGGCCCCGCUGCAAGGCUGUGCUUGGGGCAAUGCCUACAUUCAGUGCAUGACUCUGCAAAUUGUUUCAAAAAAAUGUGGAGGGGAGCCCAGGUGCUGUGGUUCUGUUGUUUUUUUGGUGCUUGUUGGGAGCUUGGUCUGGCUGCGUGUCCCCUGCCAAGCCACCCCUGCAUGCACCCAGCUGGGAGCUCCAGGGGGAUGCAGGAGGGAACUGGUGGAGCCUGGGUUUGGACACCACAAAACCAAGGGUCUGCCAGCAGUUUUUAGGGGAUGACCCCCCUUCCAUCUGGUUUUGCAUGGCGUGGUGCUGUCAGGGGAGGGUGGUGGGACCUCAGCUCCUUCACUGCUCCCAGACGGACCUGGGAAAUGGGGGCUGGAUGGGCAAUUUGGGAUCCUUUUGUCACACCAGGCCUUGACACUUGGCUAUAAUCCAACUGUAAAACAUGCCUGGAGCAGAAGCCCUCAAAACUAACCUUCCUGUGAACCUUCCACUUGCUUUUGGCCCCUCUGUUGGGGCAGAAACCUUGACUUGAGGCUUGUUGAACUGCUGUAGGGUUGCGAGAGGCACUGGAGCCUCCCUGCCCUGUUACCCCCAGGUCAUCCCCAGGGGACCAGCCCUGGGCUGAUGUCUUGUUCCUGCAGGAGUGGCCAAGCAUCCACGUCCCCAUCCCCAGCCACGACUGCACCGCUGCUAACACGCUGCCCCUUCCCAAAAGGCUCCUGAAUAUCCAGUGCUUGAACCAUGCAGGAGGGUUUUAAAGCACCCCAGAAAACAUUUUAAGCUUUAAGCCAUAACUGCUGUGGGUCAGCACAGAUGCUCAGCUGUGCAUGAACGCAGAAGCAGGGCUCGAUGUGUCCCCCCCACCCCAAAAGGCUUUAGAAGCAAAUCCCUUUUGGGGCUGAAAGGCACGACACGACUGUACCUUCAUCCUUCCUCUUCGUCCCUUCAGGGUGCUGCUCUGCUUUGCUGCCUUUGCCUUACCCUGGGUUUCCGCGUCUUCCCUUGCUGCUCUGUAACUUUUCUCCCUUAAACUGUGUUUUUGGGCUGUAUGGGGAUAGGGGCUGGGUGUCACCCCACAAAGACACCAUCAGAGGGACACGUAAAACAUGGGGCAAGCAGACAGAAAUCCUCCCCUUUAAUGGCCCGGGCUGGUGAAAGGAUCACCCACAUUUUUGUACUCCUACUGCUGUUCUGUUGUGCUGUGCAACAUUUUGCUACAUAGACUAUUUUAUAGAAGAAAGCUAGAAAAAUAUUUAUUAUUAAUAUUAAAGCAAUAGUGCAUUGAAGAAAUGAAAAGACAUUAGAAAUUGUGUAAAUGCUUAGAUUCACUUUUGGUGGAUUUUUUGUACUUUAUUUAUAACUAAUAAAAUGAACUGCAUUGCUAACUAUAAA